CCCAACGAAUCGAUCCCCUCUCCUCCUCUCGUAGGUCCAACGAAUACUCGCCCACCCAGAUCAAUUCCCCUCUCUACCUCUCUCCCCAGUCCCAACCCCCGCAGAUCCUCCGCGAUUGAUGAGUAUUCUUCCCCCACACUCUUGCUGGCGCGAUUUGGAUGCGAGGGAGCUCGGCCGCGAGCCUUCUCUCCGAUCUCCCCGCCGUAAGGCCUCCGCCGCCUCUCGCCUCUCGCCGCCACACAUAGGCCGAUGGGCUAGGGAGCUGGCCCUCCUCCACCUGCGCUCGCCAGCGGCGGGCCGGAGCCUUUCUGGAUCUGCCCCUCUGCUCUCGCUUUACAAGCCUACGCCCCCGUAGGCAGCUGUUGGAGCCUACUAUUACCGUUGAUUCCCCUCUGAACCUGCUAUACUGGGUUAUCACUGUACACUUCUUGUUGCUUCUCGGAUGAUCAGACCUGCCGAUCGUGGAUGCUGCGUCGUCAACCAGCUUACGCUAGAAUCUCCUCUUUGUUCGGUUAACUAGCUAUCAUUACUCAGACACUACCGUGCGAGAUUCUAGCUUAUCCCGGGCCUCCUGUUAAUGCGAGCGGGCAGGAAACAGACUAAAAAAAGCCAGUUUUGAUUCUGUUCUUCGCGUUUGGAUAUCCAAUUUUCAGGGACAUAUUCCUGGCAACACUCUGCCUGUAAAAGAUACUCUCUGCCCAGAGUUGAUUUAUCAGUGUUAAUGUUAAUAGUGGUGGGGAGAGCAGGCGUUACAUAUCCUGAUCUGCCCAGACAGCUGGAAAGAUGGGUUCCUCGCAGGAAUCCACAUUUUCAUCGGCCUCAACAGCCGCGCAGGUGAAUGCUCUGGACUUGCUACCGGUCUAUGCUAAGGAGCUUAUUGCUGGCGGUGCAGCCGGUGCGUUCGCAAAGACUGCGGUGGCGCCACUAGAGAGGGUCAAGAUCUUGCUGCAGACUAGAACCCAGGGGUUUCAGUCCCUUGGGAUCGUUCGAUCCUUGAGGAAGUUGUGGCAGUACGAGGGAACCCGAGGUUUCUACAAAGGGAAUGGUGCAAGUGUGCUUAGGAUUGUUCCAUAUGCGGCAUUGCAUUACAUGACAUAUGAGCAGUAUAGGUGCUGGAUACUGAAUAAUGCUCCGUCCGUGGGCACAGGACCUGUGGUUGAUCUCUUGGCUGGCUCAGCUGCCGGCGGAACUGCAGUUCUGUGUACCUACCCUUUAGACUUGGCUAGGACCAAGCUGGCAUACCAGGUUUCAAAUGUAGCCCAACCUGGGAAUCCUUUGGGAAAUUCUGGCCAGCAACCAGUAUAUAAUGGUGUAAAGGAUGUUUUUAAAACUGUUUAUAAGGAAGGAGGUGCACGAUCUCUGUACCGUGGAAUAGGUCCAACCUUGAUCGGCAUUCUUCCAUAUGCUGGCCUAAAAUUUUACAUCUACGAAGACCUAAAAUCUCGUGUUCCAGAAGAUUACAAGAGAUCUGUUAUAUUGAAGCUUUCUUGUGGUGCUUUGGCUGGUCUUUUUGGACAAACCCUCACUUAUCCACUGGAUGUCGUCCGAAGGCAAAUGCAGGUCCAGAACAAGCAGCCCCUGAAUGCAAAUGAUUCCUUCCGCAUAAGAGGGACAUUUCAGGGUCUCUUGCUUAUCAUUCGGUGCCAAGGUUGGAGACAACUCUUCGCUGGCUUGAGCCUUAACUAUGUGAAGGUUGUCCCUUCAGUUGCUAUUGGUUUCACAACAUAUGACAUGAUGAAAAAUUUGCUUGGAGUACCUCCACGCGAGAGAGCUCAUCCAUCAACCGGUAACAAUAACAAAUGAAGCAGCAUCGACCUACUUGUGUUGUAGGUCUCGUUGUAAAUCAUAUCGCUGGGUAGCAUAUGGUGGCUAUUAAUUGAAUCUUCAACUUUAAAUUUGUGAGAAGGGCAGCUCAGUCAAGUGCAUGAGCUACUCCUACAGACUUGGAUAUGAUUGUAUACCGAUUGUGCUGCUCCGAUAAGUGAAUCGAGAUAAAGAAUUUUAUUUGUGAUUGUCCUGCAUCUGCAAUAAACUAUGAUUUGAGCUG